AUGGCUGCUCAGCAGUACCACCGCUCGGACAAUGCAGAGGUGUAUCGCACCCAUGCCUCGUUUGUCUACUCGAAUGCCUUCACCGCCGCGGUAGUCAAGCUGCUCGACCCACGACCGGGCGACCACGUCAUUGACCUGGGCUGCGGAAGCGGAGAGCUAACGAUCGAGGUGGCGUCUGCGGUCGGCCCGGACGGGAGCGUACUUGGGCUCGACGCGAGUGCCGACAUGAUCACCGAGGCACAAUCUCUUGCCGCACGUUCCACAACCUCAUCCGCAGCACCCAUAGAGUUCGUCGUCAAGGACGGCCACGACGCUCUGUACGACAAGACCGUAGACAAGGUGUUCAGCAAUGCGGCGCUGCACUGGAUGAAGCGCUCGCCGAGUGCUGUUGUGAAGAACGUGUACGGCGUGCUGCGUCCAGGCGGACGCUUUGCAGCCGAGAUGGGCGGCCACAUGAACUGCGUUGGGGUGCGUGGUCAGCUUCACCGCUCGCUGCGCCAGCGUGGGCUCGAUCCCACCCGGUACGAUCCGUGGUUCUUCCCGACGCCGCAAGAGUACCGACAGCUGCUCCUCAGCGCAGGGUUCCAAGUCGAGUCGUGCGAGCUCGUGCCCCGCAUCACGCCGCUGCCCAAGCAGAGCAGUCUGCGAGGAUGGCUCGAGACAUUCGCCGGCCCGUUCCUCCACGCCAUCGACGCAGAGCAGGACAAGCAGGCGGUGGUGGCAGAGGUGGAGGACGCGCUAAGACCCGACUGCUACGAUGCAGAGAGCGGAGUGUGGAGCGUCAUGUACGUGCGUCUGCGUGUGCUCGUUCACAAGCCAUGA